UUCGCUCUAUAAAAAGCCAGCAUGAAGAGGAUCCUGCACCAAAUCCCAGCAGCCACACUGCCUCUUCUCUGUAUACCAGGUCCGGCCAUCUUUGGAACAUGAGUUCACAUCAGCAGAAGCAGCCCUGCACAGAACUUCCUCAGCUGCAUGAGCAGCAAGUGAAACAACCUUGCCAGCCACCACCUCAGGAGCCAUGUGUCUCCCAAAUCAAAGAGCCCUAUGACACCAAGGUUCCUGAGCCCAGCUACCCUAAGGCACCUGAGCCCUGCCACACUAAGGUUCCUGAGCCCAGCCACCCCAAGGCUCCUGAGCCCUGCCACCCCAAGGCUCCUGAACCUAGCCACCCAAAGGCUCCUGAGCCCUGCCACCCCAAGGCUCCUGAACCCAGCCACCCCAAGGCUCCUGAGCCUUGCCACCCCAAGGCUCCUGAACCCAGCCACCCAAAGGCUCCUGAGCCCUGCCACCCUAAGGUUCCUGAGCCCUGCCCCUCAACUGUCACUCCAGUCCUAGCCCAACAGAAGACAAAGCAAAAGUAAUGUAGUCCAAACUGUGCCUUGGAGAGAUGACCACCACGUGGUUGCUGAAUUUCUGUUUGAGCAUACCAUGCCUUUACCUCACUGUCUCGCCUCUCAUUUAUAUCUUAAAAUGAGGUACUACAAAGAUUUUUUUAGCCUGUAAAUGUGGGGCAUCUGAGUCUCUGAAUUCAACUGAGAACUUUGUUCCUGAGCUUGUGUGUCCACUGAAAACACUUCUGAAGAGGGACCAAGUUAAGAGUGAUUCAGUUCUGUUAUGUCCCCAUUAAAUUUCCUUCCACGCCUAA